AAGAAAAUCAGACACAAUCAGAGCAAUAGAGAAGGAGUAUCAUUCCUGCAGAACUACAAGACCACAGUGAAAAGAGCCCAGUGCACACUGUCAAAUCCACAGAAAGUUACAGGAGAUCUGGUUGAUGUGGCAAAGCACCUGGGCAACGUGCAGUUCAGAGUCUGGAAGAAGAUGCAGAGAAUGGUUAAAUACACUCCUGUGAUUCUGGAACCUGCAGGAGUAGGUCUCAUCCUGUCUGAGGAUCUGACCAGUGUGAAAUACAGUGAUGAGCCACAGCAGUAUCAUGACAACCUAGAGGUUUGAAGACCCUUUUGUGGCCUUCAGCUCUGAGGGCUUUAGCUCAGGGACACAUAGCUGGGACGUUGAUGUUGGAUAAAAUACAGGCUGGGUCCUGGGUGUGGCCUUACAGUCCAUCCAGUAGAAGGGAGACAGUUGCUUUGAAUUUGGAUCCUGGGGUGUGGAGUUUAAGAGCAGAAUAUUAUACACAUUCCUUAUCAGAUAUUUUAAGUCUAUUCACUCCAUUCCAAGUGAGAAAGCCCCAAUGAAUCAGAAUACAGCUGGACUGGAAAAAGUGAGAUCUUCCAUUUGUUGACCCAGUCGAUAACUCCAUACAACACAAAUAGUUUUAAUGAGUCUUUCCAUUCACCUCUACUAAACUCAGCAAAAAAAGAAACGUCCCUUUUUCAGGACCCUGUCUAAUUCGUAAAAAUCCAAAUAACUUCACAGAUUUUCAUUGUAAAGGGUUUAAACACGGUUUCCCAUGCUUGUUCAAUGAACCAUAAACAAUUAAUGAACAUGCACCUGUGGAUCGGUCAUUAAGACACUAACUGCUUACAGACGGUAGGCAAUUAAGGUCACAGUUAUGAAAACUUAGGACACUAAAGAGGCCACUCUACUGACUCUGAAAAACACCAAAAGGAAGAUGCCCAGGGUCCCUGCUCAUCUGCGUGAUUGUGCCUUAGACAUGCUGCAAGGAGGCAUGAGGACUGCAGAUGUGGCCAAGGCAAUAAAUUGCAAUGUCCGUACUGUGAGACGCCUAAGACAGCGCUACAGGGAGACAGGACAGACAGCUGAUCGUCCUCGCAGUGGCAGACCACGUGUAGCAACACCUGCACAGGAUUGGUACAUCCGAACAUCACACCUGCGGGACAGGUACAGGAUGGCAACAACAACUGCCCGAGUUACACCAGGAACGCACAAUCCCUUCAUCAGUGCUCAGACUGUUCGCAAUAGGCUGAGAGAGGCUGGACUGAGGGCUUGUAGGCCUGUUGUAAGGCAGGUCCUCACCAGACAUCACCGGCAACAACGUCGCCUAUGGGCACAAACCCACCGUCGCUGGACCAGACGGGACUGGCAAAAAGUGCUCUUCACUGACGAGUCGCGGUUUUGUCUCACCAGGUUUGAUGGUCGGAUUCGCGUUUAUCGUCAAAGGAAUGAGCGCUACACCGAGGCCUGUACUCUGGAGCGGGAUCGAUUUGGAGGUGGAGGGUCCGUCAUGGUCUGGAGCGGUGUGUCACAGUAUCAUCGGACUGAGCUUGUUGUCAUUGCAGGCAAUCUCAACACUGUGCGUUACAGGGAAGACAUCCUCCUCCCUCGUGGUACCCUUCCUGCAGGCUCAUCCUGACAUGACCCUCCAGCAUGACAAUGCCACCAGCCGUACUGCUCGUUCUGUGCGUGCUUUCCUGCAAGACUGGAAUGUCAGUGUUCUGCCGGAGGGUGAGGGCUAGGGCCAUUACCCCCAGAAAUGUCCGGGAACUUGCAGGUGCCUUGGUGGAAGAGUGGGGUAACAUCUCACAGCAAGAACUGGCAAAUCUGGUGCAGUCCAUGAGGAGGAGAUGCACUGCAGUACUUAAUGCAACUGGUGGCCACACCAGAUACUGACUGUUACUUUUGAUUUUGACCCCCCUUUUGUUCAGGGACACAUUAUUCAAUUUAUGUUAGUCACAUGUCUGUGUAACUUCUUCAGUUUAUGUCUCAGUUGUUGAAUCUUGUUAUGUUCAUACAAAUAUUUACACGUUAAGUUUGCUGAAUAUAAAUGCAGUUGGCAGUGAGAGGACCUUUCUUUUUUUGCUGUGUUUAUAUAUUCUCAGAGGAUCUGUAUCAGUGGAUACUGCCUCUGCUUAAACCAGGUGUGAACACGCUGUAAAUGAGUCAGUAACACUCAUAGUGUAAGAUACUCACAGAGGGAUGACACACACUGUGAUGGAGUGGAAAGGACCUUCCUCCACCAACUACAAUCCAUAUGUAACACUCUCACUUGUCAAACAUUGAUCCCAAUAAAAAUUCAUAUGAUACUGUUUAUAAUAAUCAUAGAAUGUAAAUACCAAAUUGUUUAAAGUGUAGAAUGUAAACACGUUGCAUUAUUUAUUGCCUUUAUCGUGGCUAUGGGUUGUAGGGGAUACAUAGGAAAACUGGACACAUCAUGCCCUUGAUAUAUACAAAUAGUUAAUUAAUUAAACAAAGCUCUGUUUUCAUCAUCUCACGAGAGGUGGUAGGAGUUGGCAAUGUUUUUUUUUUUUGGGGGGGGGGGGAUUAAUGUUGUGAAAUGUGCUGUUUGUUGCUACUUGGCUACCUGCUAAACUUUUUACUUUUAAUAACCGUUCAAUCAAACUCUGUAUUUUUAAAAGUUUACCAAUGUCUUAGUUCUGUCCUCACUCAACGUUUUUUCACUUUAUCUGGCAUGGAUCUGCAGGACAAAACAGCGUCUGCAGGAUGAAACAGCGUCUGUGCCACCAGUAAAUACAGGCAGUAGUUUUAAUACCCCUGCACAAUCCCCGCAGCCGGACAAUUUUUCUCACAGCUUCUGGAAAGAAAUGCUGAACUGGUGUUGCUCACUCAGCCGAUAGAAACUUCCAACCAGUUUUCACCAUUAAGUAAUGAGUUGGAGUCAGAGCCCCGAGCCUUCCCAGGUCUUUCCACCACCAGUUACGGGGUCUGAGCUGCCAAAGCCUCCCACCAUUAGCUCUGACAAAUUGAAAACCCUAGUCAUAGGCGACUCCAUUACCCACAAUAUUAGACUUAAAAAGAAUCAUCCAGCGAUCAUACAUAGUUUAUCAGGGGGCAGGGCUACAUACGUAAAGGCUAAUCUGAAGAUGAUGCUGGCUGAGCCUAAAACUGGAGAGUGUAGAUGGUAUAGGGAUAUUGUUAUCCACGUCGGCACUAACGACUCCAUCCUAGCUGGAGGGGUGCUCUCAUCUAUCAACAUAGACAGGGCUCUAACGCCUCUAGCUUCACAAUGAGAUACGGUGCAGGCCAGGAAGCAGUCUGUUAGCCAGCCUGUCAGUUUAGUUGAGUCCUGCCCCUACACAGUCAGUGUAGUCAACUUAGUUUUCCCCACUGACACCAUGUCUGUGCCUCGAUAUACAGUGCAUUCGAAGUAUUCAGACCCCUUGAUUUUUUCCACAUUUGUUAUGUUACAGCCUUAAUCCAAAAUGGAUUUUUUUUAAAAUCUAAAGGCUACACUUAAUGGGCAUGUGAAACUCAAAGAGGCAGUGGAAAGGCCAUGUAAAAAGGUAAGUUUCGGCAUUUGAGAAAACAAGCAAUUGGAAUGAUUUCCUAACUCCGAUUGUGUUACAAAGAUUAAUUCCAAAAAUUUCUACACCGAAGGUCCCUUACGAACCAGUGGCCUCUCACUAAAUGAAGAAGUUGGACCACAACAUCUUUAAGGUCCGCCGGUUCAAUGUCGGGGGAAAGGCCCCUGGCAGGAGGGCCAAGUGAUUCCAAAUUGAGAGCCCGAUUUUGGGGGAUGGAAUCCAAACACAAAUUUUUGCAGCACCAAUCAGGCUUUGGUAAAGAACAGGGACCCCUCCCUUUAAAGGGACAUAAGUUUUGUAGGUUUCCAAGGCCGCACGAUCAAACAAAUCAGGAUUUUGGGUUGGCUAGUUAAAAAAAUUUCUGUUCCCCAAACCCAAGGGGGAAACCACCGGGGAAACCACUGGACAGUUUUGGGGCCACCCGCAAAAGGCCGAAGGUUGGGUUGUCAAGAAAACAAGAGGUAGAAUUUUUAGCCCAAACAAAGGGAAUAAAACUCUACUGGUACCAAUUUACCGCCUAAAAACCCCCUGGGGUUAAAGAAUCAAAAUUUUACAAAAUUAAAUGGUGUAAACAAUGAGAAGCUGGGGUAGGCCCAGAAAAGCACCCUGGAACACCGGGGGCUGCCACAUGAAAGAGGCAAGCAGGGGAUCAUCCCUUCCCCCCCCAAAAAAAUGAGACUCUGUGCAUUGUGUUGUGUGAGAAAACUCACUUUUAAAAGGGUGGGCUUUUAUUGCCCAGCACAAGGUGCACCUGUGUUAUGAUCAUACUAUUUAAUCAGUUUCUUGAUAUGCCACACCUGUCAGGUGGAUGGAUUAUAUUGGCAAGGAGAAAUGCUCACCAACAGGGCGUAAAACAAAUGUGUGCACAAACUUGGAGAAAUAAGCUGUUUGUGUGUAUGGAACAUUUCUGGGAUCUUUUAUUUCAGGUCAUGAAACAUGGGACCAACACUUUAUAUUUUUGUUCAGUAUAGUAACAGCAGCGUAUGUGAUGAGUCAAAAGAGAUUAGUGCAAAAAGGGUCAAUGCAGAUAUUCCAGGUAGCUAUUGGUUAACUAUUUAACAAACUAUUUAGCAGUCUAUAAGCUUGGGUGGUUAGAAGCUGGUCAGGGUCCUGUUUGGUUCCAGACUUGGUGCAUCGGUACAGCUUGCUUUGCGAUAUCAGAGAGAACAGUCUAUGACUUGGGUGGCUGAAGUCUUGACCAUUUUAGGGCUCUUCCUCUGACACCGCCUGGUAUAGUGGUCCUGGAUGGCAUGGACCUCCGCGCCAAUGUACUGGGGCCAUAGCACUACCUGCUGUAGCGACUUACAGUUGGAUGCCAAACAGUUGCCAUACCAAAGUGGUGAUGCAGCCAGUGAAGGUGCUUCUCAAUGUGCAGCUGUAUAACUUUUGGAGGAUCUGAGGGCCAUGCUGAAUCUUUUCAGCCUCCUGAUGGAGAAGAGGCAUUGUCGUGCCCUCUUCACGACUGUGUUGACGUUUUGGACUAUUUUAGGUCCUUAGUGAUGUGGAAGCUCUCAACCUGCUCUCAGACCUGUUCCAUGUGGAUGGGGCGUGCUCGGCCCUCCUUUUCCUGAAGUUCACGAUCAGCUUCUUUGUCUUGCUGACGUUGAUGGAAGGUUGUUGUCCCGGCACCAUACUGCCAGGUCUCUGACUUCCUCCUGUAGGCUGUCUCAUCAUUGUCGGUGAUCAGGCCCUACCACUGUUGUGCCCGUCAGCAACACUUAAUGAUGGUGUUGGAGUCGUGGGUGAACAGGGAGUAAAGGAUGGGACUUAACACGCACCCUGAGGGGCCCCGUGUUGAGGUUCAGCUUGCCGGUUGUGUUUGUUGCCUACACUCACCACGUGGGGGUGGCCAAUCAGGAAGUUCAGAUUACAGUUGCAGAGGAAGGUGUUUAAUUCCCAAGGCCCUUAGUUUACUGAGGAGCUUGGAGGGCACACAUGGUUGUUGAACGCUGAGCUGUAGUCAAUGAACAGAAGUUCCAUGUAUCAGACUAUAAUAAAUAAAGAACAAGCUACACACUGUUUUUCAGUGCCAAAUAUCACUUGCUUGCUAGUUAAGUUCCAACUCUGUGUGUUUGUCAAUGAAGCUAGCAAGUAAAGCUAGCAGGUACAUUGAGCAACCAGGCCAUAAUCAUCUUAUCAAGUCACUGGAGAGUGGUUGGUGUACUUCAGUGCCGUUUCGUUUUUUUACAACUUUCUCACUAUCUACAGUAUUACCAGAGUGUGCGUCUAUCUGCAGUGUUUCAUUGGGAAUCAUGUUACAAAACAGGUCGUGGGGGGGUCACAAGACUCUCGGGAUACAAAGUAAGCUCUGAUUGUCUUCAAAAUGUUAUCUUCUGAAGAGAUAGCCUUGAUUGUACACAAUAUGCAUAUUCUCUCCCACAAUAUUGGUUCGUGCAGGUGACUGUGACCUCCUCCUCAGACCAAUUGGCAGAACGCUCAGAAUAUGUUCUAGAAGUUAAGAUAGGAGAACAUUGCUCAGUUUCUUGGGAAACUGAGCCCCGCGCGAUAACAGCCAGUCACCUGCAGGAACCAACACUAUGAACCAUGCCUAUGUAGCUUUUUUGUGUAGCAGUAUAUAAGAGGAGUGAAGGGACCCCCUGGCGGAGCUUGUGGCAGACUUGUAAUUUGUACGUGUGUUUUGUUGUAAUAAAGAGUGAUUCAUUUAAUAUUGACUUCAGGUGUCCCUGGUGUUGAAUUUCCACCACAAUCUUGGCGUCACGUAACAGGAUCAGUUGAUUCCACCUGUGGCGCAUCCCAGUGAAGGUCUGCGAGGGAACACCGGUGGCGCAUUCCGUGUGAAGGUGUUAAGGAAAUUCCUGUCUGACCAAAGACGACGUCGACCCGCCCAGACCAGACAUUUACUGUGAGCUGCCCAGGGGAAGAUACCUGAUCUGCGAACCUCUGAGGGACACGUCUACUGAAUUUUAGUAAUUCAAUUGUUUAACCUCUCCAGUUAAAAAAUUGUUAUUUAUUUAAUAUUGACUUCAGGUUUCCCUGGUGUUCAAUCAGACUCGAGUGAUUUACAUUAUCAAACACAUCAGCAAGUGGCCACUCCAUAAAGGGCUUAGGGCCAAGAGUUAUUUCAACAUAACAUUGGCAGACAUGUUGUCUUAUGUAAACAAGUCUGAGGCGCUGCGUAAUGGACAGGUCUGUCUCACUGACUAGAGGUUCUGGUUGCAAUGAUUGGAUAGAGUGUCCGCAUCUGAUAGAGUACAAUCAGCACAGCUGCUUCUCUCCUGUUAGUGGGCAAUGGGCAAGUUGGCAUGAUCUUAAUCCAUACCCAACCCUCCAGUAAGUCGUGACAAACUCACUCACUGACAAUAGAAUUCAUGUUUCUGACUCACAUCGAUGCCACAUAGGCCGUUUAAAACCAGAGAAUUUGGUUUCAAGGGUGCGUUGACCUUUAACUGACCUGUGAUCAAACAGCAGAGCACAUUAAGAGUCAGAGCCAGCACACAGUGAGGCAAAUUAAGAAGGAGUUUUGAGAAGCUUCACCAGUUUCUUACUAGAUGAAUAUGAGGCCCAGGAUAGCUGCACUGAGCCAGGAAGAAAAUCAGACACAAUCAAGCAAUAGAGAAGGAGUAUCAUUCCUGCAGAACUACAAGACCACAGUGAAAAGAGCCCAGUGCACACUGUCAAAUCCACAGAAAGUUACAGGAGAUCUGGUUGAUGUGGCAAAGCACCUGGGCAACGUGCAGUUCAGAGUCUGGAAGAAGAUGCAGAGAAUGGUUAAAUACACUCCUGUGAUUCUGGAACCUGCAGGAGUAGGUCUCACCCUGUUGAGGAUC